AUGGAUGAAUUUAACCGUCUUUACAUUCUUGGAGAAAAAAUUGGAGAGUAUGGUCCCAUAUUUCGUCUAACUGCCAUUUUUAGCGGAAACUUUGCAGAAGUCAAAGUUUGUGAGUGCCGAAGUUCAGGUCAAAAAUACGCGGCAAAAAUCAUAAAGAUGAAGCAAAAGACUGUUUUUGGUCACUAUGAUCCUAAUUCUCGUGGUAUGACGCCAGAAGAAGUUGAGCGUGAGGUUCAGGUGCUACGAUCUAUCGACCACCAUACGAUUGUUAAACUCUAUGAGAUAUUUCAGCACGAUGAUUACUCCAUAAUUCUUCUUGAAUUAGUUAACGGUGGGGAGCUUUUUGCUCGAGUUGCUGAAUUUGAGCAUCUGGAUGAACACGAGGCAGUUUAUUUUAUCGCUCAAAUUCUACUUGGUGUCAACCAUAUGCAUCAGCUUGGGAUCGUUCAUCUAGACUUAAAGCCGGAAAAUAUAAUGAUAGAGGACAUGGAGACUAAACGAAUAAAGAUAAUUGACUUUGGGCUCGCCCGACGGUUAAAUCCAAAUGAGGUUAUUCAAGACAUGGCCGGCACACCCGAAUUUUGCGCACCUGAAAUUGUCAAUUUCGAUCCCAUCACCUUCGCAACUGACAUGUGGGCUAUUGGUGUGAUGACAUACAUUUUACUCAGUGGCAUUUCACCAUUCGCUGGUGACACUCAAGUUGAAACAUUCCAGAAUAUUCUAGAGUGUUCCGUCACCUUCGAUCGCGAAGAAUUCCUAGAUGUCUCUUCCGAGGCACGUGAUUUUAUAACUCGGCUUCUACGAAAGAAUCCACGAAAGCGAGACACGGCUUCGGAGUGCCUUCGACAUCCGUGGGUUGCGACGGUCAUAAGACAAUUUACUGGUGAGCCAGAGAUCAUACAGAAGAUCGACCUCAACGGUGUUGGUGCUUUGAAGACCUCUCUCUUCUCAUCGCUGAAUGGAUCGAAUCGGGUAGGAGACGGUUUAUCGAACAAGGUGACACGAAAGCAAAAGUCAGUGGAGGAGAAAAUCGAGACAUACAGUGGUCAGGAGCGAUACUACCACUCCCAGGUCAUUCAGAAGCUUAACCUCAAUGGAAUUUUGACGCAGGAAACACAUUCAAACUCCAAUUCGUCGAAUUCCUCUCCAAAGUUAAAGGAGGCAACUCGAAAAUGGAGCAUCAACGCAAAGUCAAGGGAGAACGAAAAGGCGACACUGGGCACAAAAGAUAGAACGUCCAUAAGAGAACCACAGAUUAUACAGAAAAUCAACUUGGAUGGCUUCCUUCCGUCGAUGUCGCAGCAUAACACUUCAACUCAAGUAAAGAAGAGCAUCGAAAAUUCCAAACCUGCCAAAGAGGUUGUCUACAAGCACAAGGUGGUACAAAUUAACGAAAAUUCGACAAAGGAGGCCUCAAGAGCGCCAAACAAACAGGAGAAGAGUCUAAUCUCUCGAUUGACCGAUCUACAAGUGAACGGUGAGCCGAAUGGUCGAAAAUCCAGUUGUGACUCCAUUCUUGGCAGGGCCUCCAAAUGGCUGGAAGCCACUAACAACGCCUUGGACAAGAAAUUUCGUCCAGCCUCAAAUGCUGCCACGGUCAGUUCCUUCCAUCGAGCACGCAAUGCCUUCAUUACUAAAAACAACUUAGCUGAAAGGAAGUUGGUGUUUACACGUGUUCGGCUAGCCGGAGAUAUGGAUCAGGCGUUACCCGGUUUCAGGUGGCGAGUAUUACCCUCCACCAACACCGUUUGUGAAGAAGGAGCUAAAGAGACUACUUAA